UGCAAUUUUCAGUAUAGCUCAGUUUAGCAAACGGCGUCGUAGUGGUCACGUCGACGUACGCCGCUUGAAAUUUUUCCAAGUUAAGAAGCAUCCCUAUACAUUUCGGCUCUUUCAGUCCUGUUUACCGGUGUGUUUCCAGAAGUACAGACGCUAUGGAUCAAUUUUUCCUAGAAAAAUGGGGUUGGAAUUGGAGACAAGUGCACGGUGCCAUCGAACGAAGCGAUGAGACCGAAAUUCAGAGACUUCUCGGCAAUACGCCUGUAUUACUAUACAGAGAUAAAAUCAACAACACGUUACUGCACUUGUCUGCCAGAAUCGGCAAUUAUACACUGACAGAAAACUAUAUGGAUCGUCACGGUAUCGAUCCUAACUCAAUCAAUUAUUCUGGCGAGACGCCGCUUAUGCUAGCUGCCGAAUCGAACCAGCUCGAGAUAGUGAAGCUGCUCAUUGAAUACGGUGCCAACGUCCUAUGCAAGAGGAACGACGGCCAAACAGCACUCCAUUUCGCAAUCCGGUCCAACAACCCGGCUAUCUUAAACCUGCUCAUCGACCAAGACAAGGAAAUCCUGAAUAUGAUGGACUGGCGUGGAAUUACAGCUCUGCAUACAGCCGUGAGUCGUGAAAGCUACGAGCUCGUGGACAUUCUCAUAAGUCGAGGCAUCGACGUAGAUCGAGGUCUGGACGGGUACACUCCGCUGCACGCAGCUUUGAAAAACAAAGACACGUUGAUGGCCAAAAAAAUUCUGGCCGCCGGUGCCAAGAAUGUCCUUUUCGAGUUCGCCCAAGGCGCUACCGCGCUGCACUUGGCCGUCUGGAUGAAGAGCGUCACAAUCACAAGACAGAUUUUGGAUAGGGGUGCAGAUAUCAAUGCCAGAGACGACGACGGACUUACUGCUUUGCACGAGGCUAUCAUUGCCUCCGACUACGACCAGGUCGCCUUGCUCGUGGCUAGAGGAGCUAACUUGAACUCGAAAACCAAUACUCAAAAGACGCCGCUUCACUGGGCCGCAAUUAACAAAGAUCCUCGAAGUUCCCAGAACAUAUUGAAGCUCCUACUUUCUCGGAAGUGCAAUGUGAACGAGCGUAAUCACAGGGGCUCCACCCCCCUCCACUUAGUCGUUAAGCUCGGCACGGUCGAGGAUUUAAAGCUUAUGACCGCUGCCGGAGGAGACGUCAGUAUACUAAACUAUUUUGGUGAAUCAGUUCUAUACUCGGCGGCGGCCAACAAGGACCCUGAAAUCUGUCGCUACCUCAUCCGCAAAAACAAGCGCAACGUCAACCGGCACUGCAUACUAGGUCUGUAUCCUCUGCACAUCGCUUGCAAAGGUGGACACGAAGAAGUCGCCACUGCGCUGAUCGAGGCCGGAGCAAAAAUCAACGUAACGUGCCUCAGCGGCAAGUCGCCACUUCACUACGCGAUCUACCACAAUCGGCACAAGAUCGUCGCAAUCCUGCUGGAACACGGCGCGAAUAUCAACGGACCAAAAACGAGAGACAUGAUGCUCAGGUUGGCUGUAGAGCGCAGGAGCCAGGUUGCCGCCAGAAUCAUGGUGAAGUUUCUAGCGAGACUCGAAGCCAAAGGGGUGGCCAUCAGCCCAGCGGAUUACAAAUUGAUCGCAAAGAAGGAAGAGUUACUGGAACUUCUGGAGCAAUGCAGAGCCGAGUUGGGGGCUAUGAUGGAACGAAACGUGGUCAACAGUGUAACUUUCUUUGACAUACUUAUUAACAGUACGCGAAACGUACUGUUAGGGUACGUGAGGAACGAGGACUUCCUCAGAAAUUUCGAGGGGCAAGUGCACCGCUUCCCCUAUUACGAACCUACGCUUAGGUCCAAUUUUAACUGGGCAGUGCACAGAGACAGAUUCCAACGGUCCCUGUCUAGCCUCAUGUGCGAGGUGCUUCCAGUAGAGGACCCGCAACACUUGAUCAUCCAGAAUAUUGUUCGGUUUUUGGACGAGAACGAUGUGCCGAAUUGGCAGAAGAUCGAGGAAGCGUGAGGAUUCGACGAGUUUUUAAACGAAAUUUGCGUUUUCGCACGUUGUUCCUAUUUUAACAUAAUAUGUACUGUUUUUAAAUUUACAUUUUUUCUACUAUACUGUAACUCAUAAAGAUGCAUUUGCAAUAAAAAUAUGAUAUGAAAUUAUACCUAACUGUUUGGCUUGUUAAAAUUAUUUGCGAUAUAAUUUUAAUUGAUUUAUCCCUAUCUUCCGACAUAUACUUUGUACGUUCGCCGAAUUGCGCUGCGCAGCGGCAAUAAUCCGUCGUAUCCCUUGAACGCAGGUAUGAUCAAGUCUAGACGACGACUGAGUUUUCCCGACCCUAAUUAUUGGGAUCGGUGCCAGAGAUGCGAUUUCGUGUCAUUAGGCGCUCUCUACCUGGAACGACUCCAGCCCUCUGUCUACCUGAGUCGCCCCAUCUUUUUUUACUACCUGGAAUCCACCUAACCUGAUGGUCUCAC